UGCCUGGCCAUGUCGGGAGAUGGUGAGGAAGAUUUGGCGGCCUUCGUGGCUCUGCAUGGGGCCGCGCUCCGCGCGUCGAGGGUCCCGGCGUGCUACUGGGAGAGCCUGUGCCGCAAACUGCGUGGCGAGUUCUCUUCACUUCCACACUGGUCUACCCUGUUCUCUGUCACUUAUAACUGUGCAGAGCUAACUCAGUCGGCUCAUCUUGCAUAUGCACAAGUCUCGGGCUGUUUUCUGGGAGUGUUUUUGGCUGGUAUUUGAUGCUGGUGACUACUUUGGGAUAAUGCAAGUAGAAGAGGUGGAUGAAGAAGGUGAUGAAGAAAUGGAAGAAUUAAAAAAGAAACCAAAUCCUGGAAAUGAACCUUGUUUCAAAGUUAUCGUAACAAAUGAGAAUGGGCUUCAAGCCUCCAAUCCCAAUAGCAUUUUCCUCAUUGACCACGCCUGGACGUACCGUGUUGAACAUGCCCGCCAGCAGCUGCUUCACGUACCUGGUUUACUGCACAGAAUGACAAAUCUCAUGGGAAUCGAUUUCCAUGGGGAGAUCCCAGAUGAGGGCAGUAUUGAGCAAGUGUUGCAGGAAAUGUGGAAGUACAACCAGACCUACCAGCUUUCUCAAGGGACUGCGGAGGAGAAGGUUCCUGUCUGGUACAUUAUGGAUGAAUUUGGAUCACGCAUUCAGCAUUCAGAUCAGCCUAGUUUUGCAACAGCACCUCUGUUUUAUAUGCCUCAACAAAUUGCUUACACUGUUCUCUGGCCUUUGAGAGACCUUGAAACUGGUGAUGAAGUGACUCGUGAUUAUGCUUAUGGAGAAACAGAUCGUUUGAUCAGGAAGUGUAUUUUGUUACCAUGGGUGCCUACUGAAGUGUUGGAUGUCAACUGUUUUACACCAGAGCCAUCAGAUGAGCAUUACCAGGCUAUUUUAGCAGAAAACAAGGAAAAACUGCCUAUAGCAAUAAACCCACCAGUUUAUGACAAAGACAAAGUUUUCAAGGUUUUCACAGACAUUCAGCAAGUCCUCAACAACUUGACGCAUCCCCGUUUUGUAUUCACAGACAACGAGGGAGAAGCAGACAUCCUCUACAACUUCUCACACUUCAAAGAUUAUAGGAAGCUAAGUGAGGAAAGGCCUGAGGUAAUGCUGAAUCAGUUCCCGUGUGAGAACCUCCUGACUGUCAAAGACUGCCUGGCAUCUAUCUCUAGACGAGCUGGAGGACCAGAUGGGCCGAGAUGGUUGCCUCGUACUUUUAACCUCCAAACAGAAUUGCCUCAGUUCACUAGCUACUUUCAGCAACGUGACAGAAGAGGAGAAGACAAUCACUGGAUAUGCAAGCCAUGGAACUUGGCCAGAAGCCUGGAUACGCACAUCACCAACAGCCUUAAUAAUAUCAUCAGGCAUAGGGAAAGCAGCCCAAAGGUAGUGUGCAAAUAUAUCGAGAAUCCAGUCUUGUUUCACCGAGAAGAUGUGGGGAUGGUUAAAUUUGACAUCCGUUAUGUUGUAUUGCUGCGGUCCAUAAAACCACUCAAGCUGUAUACCUAUGAUGUAUUCUGGCUGCGCUUUUCAAAUCGGGCAUUUUCACUUGAUGACUUGGAUGACUAUGAGAAGCAUUUCACAGUCAUGAAUUAUGUUCCCGGUGUAACAUUAAAACAGGUACACUGUGAAGAAUUUAUUCCUCUGUUUGAAAAACAAUAUCCUGAAUAUCCUUGGACAAUGGUACAAGCAAGUAUUUUUAAGGCAUUUGCUGAAUUGUUCCAAGUUGCUUCAGCUAAACCUGCGCCUCUUGGCAUCUGUGAUUAUCCGUCAUCCAGAGCGAUAUAUGCCAUUGACUUGAUGCUUAAAUGGGACACCAGCAGAGAUGGGAAAAGAAUAAUGCAGCCUCAGAUCUUGGAGGUGAACUUUAAUCCUGACUGUGAUAGAGCCUGCAAAUACCACCCUACCUUUUUUAAUGACGUCUUCAGCACCCUAUUUCUGGAUGAAACAGACAGCUGCCAUGUGACGUGCAUUGUCUAGCCACAGGAGGCUUGAUUCUAUUAAUUUCCUUCCCAGAUAUGCUUAACAGCAAGAUUUAUAUUUCAGUUCUAUGAGCUGCAGAUGCAACUAUUUUCCUAUACUGGUAACCCAGGAAAAAAAAAACCAACAACCAGAUCAGAAGAAUAUGCAUAUACCAUUAUACUGUAUUGAUAAUCAUUUUGUCUGCAUUUUCCUUGUCUUGCUUAGUUCUAUAAAUCAUUAGUUUGUGUUGACCAAAUGUCUUGUUUAUGGAAUAUGGGAGACCUCAAAAUAGGACAGUAACUGGAGCAGUUGACUUGUUUCUCAGGUAGCCUGAUUGCUUGCUUGCUGGGAAACAUUCCAUAAGUUCCCUAUGUCAACAUUAAAACUAUAAUUUACUGAAC